GCGCAGCCUCGCCGUGGUUUCGGUUGAGCAUUCCUGGCAACAGAGCGUCGGCCGACGGCUGUUUCAACAAUGUCCGGAGAAUUAUCUUAACGGAGUAAGAGCCGAGCGGGAACACCGGAGCAGCGUCAGAUUCGAAUCCUGUGCCUCCUCUGCCUGAACGGUGACGCCAGACCUCACUGCACCUGCUUCACCUGCACAACUGAAGGCAGAAAAGAUUAAAACUGGUCGAAGAAGAAGAGGGGGAGGAGCCAUCCUGAUCCAGACUGGUCCACCAUGGACCAGUGAAGUGUUUCCCUCCCUGCUGGUUAAAAGCGAUGUUUUUGGGAGCUGGAGGCCGUGACAGCGUUAUCAGAGUGUGUGUGGGGCCUCUCCACUCCCUCUUCCCCACCACCCCUCCUGACAUGGGAUCCCUGCCCUGAGCUCUCCAGGGGUGCAAUGAACAGCUACAGAGACAGAGGAGUAACUUGUACCUCCUCAGACCUUCUGGAUGGAGGAGGAGGAGGAGGAGGAGGAGGAGGAGGGUUGUCCCACACUCCGUUUCGUCACACCCCCAACGGACACCCGGCCCCUGUCCCCGCAGACCUGGCCGUCCAACAGCGCAUCUCUGUUCCCAAGAUGGGCGUCCGUGCGCGGAUUGCAGAGUGGCCUCCGCGCCGCGCUCAGUCCCGGGAGUCGCUGCUCGAAAACGGGCAAAUUGGCAGCAAUCACUACGGAGACGACUGCUCCUCUUCGGCCUCGUCGUCGGUUUUGUCGUCGGAUCUCCGGCUGGUGCGAGGGGGAGUCGCCAGGUUGCCGCGGCGGCGAUCCAAGGACGUAGAGUUCAGAGGAGGAGGGUAUAGUGUUGAAAGAAAUUCGCCUUUCAGCCUGAGGGUGUUCCCACCUUUAAGACAGCGCUCCAACAGUGAAGUGACGCUGAGCGAACAAGACGAAAACGAGGUGGACACACGUGCUGGCGGUGGAGGCGGCGCGAUGGGGAACCGGUUCAGAGAGUACGGCAGCACUUCUUCCAUCGACAUCCAGGGCAUUCCUGAUCAGAGCUUCUUCGACAUGCUCAACCAGUUCCACCAGGAGAGGCCUGACCAGCGCAGCUCGGCCCCCGUACACCUCGGGGAGCUGCUGCGCGCCCCAGACUCCCCAAACGCGCCUCACCCCUCUGCCCCGUCGCCCGGUCCCAUCGGUGGGGACGACAGGGGGACGGGAAGGAAGGACGGUGCCGAGAGAGUGAGGAAGAAGAGCGGAGGCACCGAGUCGUCGCUGGGCACGUCCUCUUUGUUCCGCAAACUUAGGAGCUCGAGCAGAGGAGAGCUGGAUGGAGGGAAGGGAGAGAAUGUCGAGGAUAGGGGAGGACGAGGUUUAACGGAUGCGUCCUACAAACCGUGGGUGUGUCCCAAGAGCUUUGUCCACUUUGAUGCUCAGAGCAUCUUGUUCGACCUCCACGAGGCAGCGGCACAGCGCGGCUUUGUCACCCAGAGGAGGAACACGGCCACGGGGGCAUCAGCUGCUUCGGUGUCCAGAUCCUCAGCUCCGAGUGUCAACGACCCCAUUUAUUCCAGUAUUGAGGAUUUGACCCUAAGCCUCGAUCAGGGCUCCACGACGCCCUCCCUGACCACAGACCCUCUGGACGGGCCUGGAGCCCAGAGUCAGAGCCCUCUGCUGCUCUGCUGCCCUCACUUCCUCAACGAGACCGGGGGCCACGGGGAACGCAACAUCAGCUUCCUCAGCUCAUCAGCCGAGCGAGGAGGAGACGGAGGAGGAGACGGAGGGAAGGGGUGUCUGAGGAAGAGUAAUGCCAGCGUCUCGGUGCUGGAGGUGCCUAUUGAACAGCAGGUUACGAGACUGGACAGAGUGAAACUAUACGGCGUGGAGCAUGUGGACCUGGGGGCCAGAUACUACAGAGACUACUUCCAUGGGAAAGAGCACUCGAACUACUUUGGGACAGAUGAUAAGAUGGGCCCUGUGGCUGUGAGCAUUCGCAGAGAGAAACUGGAUGACACCAAAGACCUGAAAGACCAGUACCAGUACCGCCUCAUCGUCAGGACUAGCGAGCUGGUGACCCUGCGAGGCUCCAUCUUAGAAGAUGCGGUGGCGUCCACGGGAAAACACGGCACGGUUCGGGGUCUGCCGCUCAAAGAGGUCCUGGAACAGGUCGUCCCCGAGCUCAACGUGUCCUGUUUGAGACUAGCGCUCAGCACAGCCAAAGUCACAGAGCAGCUCCUUAAACUGGACGAACAGGGGUUAAGUCAGAAGCACAAGGUGGGCGUUCUGCUGUGCCGUGCAGGCCAGAGCACAGAGGAGGAGAUGUACAACAACGAGGAGGCGUCCCCCGCCUUCUCAGCCUUCCUGGAGCUGUUAGGGGAGCAGGUGCUCCUCAAAGGAUUCACCAAAUACGCUGCACAGCUCGACACAAAGACGGACUCCACGGGCACCCACUCCCUGUACACCACCUACCAGGGCUACGAGGUCAUGUUCCAUGUGUCCACCAUGCUGCCCUACAUGCCCAACAACCCACAACAGCUCCUGAGAAAGAGGCACAUAGGGAACGACAUCGUCACCAUAAUCUUUCAGGAGCCGGGAGCGCUGCCUUUCACCCCUCAAAACAUCCGGUCGCACUUCCAGCAUGUGUUUGUUAUUGUUCGUGUGCACAACCCGUGCUCUGAAAACACCUGUUACAGUGUUGCCGUGACGAGGAUGAAGGACGUGCCCCCUUUCGGACCGCCCAUCCCCAGCACAGUCACCUUUCGUGACCCGGAGACCUUUCGCAACUUCCUCUUAGCCAAAGUCAUAAAUGCAGAAAACGCAGCGCACAAGUCGGAGAAGUUCCACACGAUGGCGACGCGGACGCGGCAGGAGUACCUGCGCGACCUCGCCGAGAACUACGUCAGCAGCACGCCGCUCGACUCGGCGGGCAAACUGAACAACCUCAUCUCCCUCGCGUCCAAGAAACGCGAGCGCUCGAAGGCGAGAGAGGCGGCGGAGCUGGGGGCCGCGGGGGCGGUCGCCUGGAGGGUCCAGGCCCAGGACUUCAGCGGCGGUGGGACGGAGCUCCCCUGUGCCUUGGGGUUGUCCGCCGAAUACGUCCUCCUUAUAGACUGUUGCACCAAAGAGGUGGUGUUUAACUGCUUCUGCGCGGACGUGAUCGGCUGGACGCCGGAGCGGCUGGCGCUGAAAAUCUUCUACGGCCGAGGAGACCACAUCGCGGUGCGAGUGCCAGAGGGCUGCGCACAGGAUAUCAGGGAGAUGGUGCAGAGGUUAAAGUCUUUGACGGUGGGAUGUGAGACGGUGGACAUGACGCUGAGAAGAAACGGACUGGGUCAGCUGGGCUUCCACGUUCGGCUGGACGGCACCGUGGCCGAGGUGGAGGAGUACGGUUUUGCCUGGCAGGCGGGACUGAGGCAGGGCAGUCGGUUGGUGGAGAUCUGCAAGGUGGCCGCGGUGACGCUGACUCACGAGCAGAUGAUUGACCUGCUGAGGACGUCGGUCACGGUCAAAGUGGUCAUCAUUCCUCCGUACGAAGAGGGCGGCCCCCGCAGGGGCUGCACAGAGGAGUAUGAGAUGAAGACCAUGGAGCAGAAGCCCGAACCUGAGCCUCUGGCGGCAGGAUACAGACCCUCCCCUCGUCCGGCCUGGCGAUGGGAAAGCUCACCCAUUCCUCAGGGGCUCCACAGCGUCCCCACCCCGCAACGCUGGGCCCCGAUGGGUCCCCCAGCUCCUCCGCUGCCCCGCUCCCAUAAGAGCCUGAUGCCGGUUCCCUACAGAGACCCUCAGCACCUCAACUCCAAAAGGCCGGUGAGCUACCCCGAGAACCACUACAGCAUGUCUCCUGCAGGAGGGCACCCCUACAGGAACCCCUCAGCCAGCUUCUCGUCGCCCUCCUCAGGCCUGGUCGGCCUCACCACGAUGGGCCCGCCAGUCAUCACGCCAGGUCCCUUUGUGCGCUACAAACCUUCACCCGACAGAUAUGUACCUGGACAGCGCCCCCUGCAGCCCUACGAACCCCACCUCAGUGUGGACAUCACCUCCAGUGGAGAGUCGUCCUCAGGCUUCACCAGUCAGGAGAGCACCAUGGAGCGCUGCAAAACAGAACCUCUCUGGCAUGUCCCGGCGUCGUCGUCCUCUCGUGGACCAGGUGGCGUUGGAGGGGGGCAGAGGAGAGUAACCAGACAGGAUGUCCCAGGGAAAGACUCUCCAAACAGACACUCAAAGGGGGAGGCUCAGUACUCCAGCCACUCCAGCAGCAACACGUUGUCCAGCAACGCUUCCAGCAGCCACAGCGACGAGCGCUGGUUCGACGGGGGACCCGGAGGAGAGAGAGUGGUCGGGGGUUGCCUGGGCGACCCGGCCGAUCCAGACCCCGACCUCCUCAACAAGGGGGGCUCCAACGAUAGCGGCAUCGACGCCACGACCCACUACAACAACAUCCGCCACGGAAACAUGUCCAGCAGCCAGUCGCAUAAGCCCAUGCACAACUCCGCCACCUACAGCGGCGUCCAGGAUCUGUCCAUGGGACGGAGCAGCGGCGGCGGAGAAGUGAGGAGACGAGAGUCUUCACCCAUUCUACCAGGAGCCAAUCAGACCAAAGGGUACCGGACGAGGACGUUCCCGCCUCCUGGCUCCAGUGCUGAUAAAAUGGAUGCCUUUAAACCCAGGGCCUACACACCGCAGGGCUACAAGACUCCCACGGCGGAGAAAGCGCGACCUGUCCGAGCUUCUACAACGACGCCCACUUCAGGUCAACUAAGCUCCACCCCUCUGUCCAGCUCCGCCCCCAAGUCCUUUUAUGGAAAGAGCCGACCAGCGGCCUGGCAGACGGAGGACAGCAGCCCGUCACCUUCAAACGCAACCACAGCAUCCAGCUCCGACAGCAACAACAGCAAGAAGCAGGUGGAUACAAAUUCAAAGAACGUGUUUGGACAACCUCGGCUGCGAGCGUCUCUGAGGGACCUGCGCUCCCCACGACGGACGUACAAGAGCACCAUCGAAGACGACCUGAAGAAACUGAUCAUCAUGGACAGCCCAGGAGAGAUGACACAACGAGAUCCUUCUCCCAGACGCACGUUGCAGCGCACCUUUUCAGAUGAGUCACUGUGCAGCGGGCGGAGAGAUGCCAGCUUUGCCAGCUCAGAGAACCAGACAACCCCAACGGACGUGUUGUUCACCUGCACGCUGCCCACACGAAAGCACGCCACUUCCUCCAACCACCUGCAGAGCAAGAAGAUGCCUCUGUCUGCAUCAGAGUUGUCUCUUACAGAGGUGAGAGACAAGGUUCCCCCUCUGAGGAGGCUCGAUCCCGGGUUGAUGCCGCUACCAGACACAGCCUGUGGACUGGAGUGGUCCAGCCUCGUCAAUGCUGCUAAAGCCUACGAAGCACAAAGAGCUGUUUCGCUCUUCUCGCUGACUGAGCCACAGGUCGGAGGUCCAGACGUGCCACCGGUCAUCAGUCCAGUCCAGUUUCAAACUCCUCAGACUCCACGGACCACACCAACCUUCAGUGGCGACGAGGUGCCCAACGAUUUGUCCGGCCGGCUCUACCACCUGGAAGUGAUGUUGAAACAGCUGAACAAUGAUCUGGAGAGAGAGAAGAAAGAUAAAGUCGUUCUGCUCGCAGAGAUGGCCAACCUGAGGGAGAACAACCAGCGUCUGCAGGAGGAGAGUCUGACGGCCAGUGAGCAGCUGCGCAAGUUUAGCGUACUUUUUACCAACCUCAACAAGACAGACAGCGACCACGAGGCCCGCUCCUUAACGCAUGAAGCCGACUCACAGAGGGAUUGAUCAACAGCUGCAGAGGAAGACGAGCGUGAAAUUCAGGCCAGAGGGAGGAGCAGUGUGAGAGAAAUGCGCUUUCCUUGCCCACGAUUCCUUGCACUCACACAGGUGACUAUGACACAAUGACAUCAACUCACUCAGCUUCCACUGGACUGCCUUAAACCAGAGACAAUGAGGAGAAGACGAUCUGGAUUUUUAAAAAUGCAACACUCCCAGAAAGACGGAGCAGAGACCCUCCCUCUCUCUACACCCUGAGCCUGUUUAUUUUUCUAAACUGAAGUGAAAAAAACGUCUUAUUUACUGGUCUUAUAUAUGAAUACAUAUGCUACUAUGCCGGAGGAGUGAGAAGGAGAGGAGUUCCUGACUGUUCUACAGAAAACUACAUCACCUGGAGAGGCCUAAUACUGUUCCUGCAGCCAAUCAACCAAAAAAAAAAAAAAGACUCAUUACAGACUGCAUCUCCCAUAAUGCACUACGAGUAAUGGAAGCUCUACAGACAUGGUACUGUAGAUAAUUCACGCCUGUGUGGUACAGUUGUAUCAAUAUUAUCAACAUUGUACUGAUAUCGUUCAAUAGUCGUGCUAAAGAGGUGUGUGUGUGUGUGAUGGUACAAUACUCAGAAGCAUUGCAGCGCAACAGUGUUUGUGCUCCAGAAGCAUUUUAUUCCUUCAGUGUGUGUGUGUGUUUGUUUGUGUUAAUGUGAGAGUGCAGCCUGUCUGUUAAAAGGACAACUGAGUGAUGAACAAACUCGUUUACUGUAAUAUGAAACUUGUGGGCCACAAAAUUUUUUCUCUCCUGCGUUUACAUGGACGAACCGUGGCCUACGGAUGUGAAACAAGCCAUCAGCCUGAAGAGUAAAUGGUCACACAGCUCAGUGAUAAUGGCAUCAUAUCUCUUAUAUAGUGCAUUGUGUUGAGUGCCCUAUCAUCUCAGAUCUACACCUACUGGAUCCCUAUUUUAACCCAGAGUCGGUCUUUUACUUGUUAUAUUUCAAGGAAUAGCCACAGCAUUUUGAGAAUUACGCCCUUUUGCUUUCUAGUUUAGUGUAAGAUAUAUAUAUAAACGAUUGAUAUCUUCAAGUGUCCUGCAUUCACAAAAGAAAAGAAAAUAUAUAUUAAACUUGAUACCGGAAGUAUCGUGUUGCCAUGGAUACGUCACAAAAAGAACCCCGUUUUUAACUUAUAUUUGUUCACAUUUUGUAAAUGAUGUGUGCCGAAUUAGUUAUUAACCCUUUACUUUUGCCGUGUACCGUUGCAUGUACUCACAACUAUUAGUGAAUUUCUGUUAUCUUGAAAAAUCUUAAAAAGACGAUGGUUCUCAGGCAGGUUCUGAAUUGUUGUAAGUAAUAAUUAUUAUCAUAAUUAUGACCAUUCCUGCCCCUCUAGUCUGCUGACAUAUUAUUUUCUCUUAAUUAUUAGACUGCUUAUUAAGUCUUAUUCAAAGUUUUUCUUUCAUUUUGUGAAUGCAACUCACUCAUGCAUCGUUCCGUUAAAUAACGUUAAACGGCUACAAACAGGAUGAAACUGCAGUAGUUUGAAGCUAACGUGACAAACUACUGGUUAGUUUAUCUUAUCUGGUUACGAAAAAGUAUGAGAGAUAUUAUAAUUUUCGUUUGUAACGAGUUACAUGUCGUUUCUGUAUUUCUUUCAAAAACUAAAAUCUGAACACGUCAAUUCGCCAUUUAGUUUUGGCUAGCAUGGUACCUUAGCUGGUUGCAUGGCAACCGGUUCUGGCGUUGCACCAAAUUUAGCUGCUCGUUAGCGCCUUUGUCCGUUUUUAAGUCAUAAUGUAUCUCAAACCGGAUUUAAAUACGUGUGUAUUAGGUAUUUUAAUAUAAAAAUAACAAAGGGUACGUAUGUGUAGGUCGAUUUUCGCGCUGUCGGGACAAAAAAGAAAUUAGUUUCCACCUAUUUGAACGCUUUACGUUAAGCUUAUGUAGUUUUAGCUAACGGGUUUAAAAGCAGUAUCCGUGUCGUUUCCAAACUCUUAACUAGAAAGCAAAUAAUUCUCCAAAAAUGUUGAACUCCUCUUGAAAUCUGAGUGAAUCUGUUUCUCAUAUAAUGUGCGCUUACAGUAAACAUUUGUUGUAUAUAAAUCUCAACAUCACUGAAGCUACUUCAUAUCAGUUUGUUUGUUUGUUUGUAUGAGAGGAUUCUUUCAAGUGUUCUGUGCUAAACCCACAUGAACACAACUUUAUACCGUUGGCUCGCUUAAUGAUAUUGUCUACUAUAUCUAUUUUUUCAUUCAGAAAUGUGUCACAUGUUUUUUGAAUGCUGGUACUGGUACAUCCCUGCAGAGGAUCAGUAUUUGCGUUGAGAUAUCACUGAUGAAAGCUGAACUAAAUCAUCAUCUCUGCUCAGUAAAAAAACUGAUCACCCGGAGGUUUUUUCUGUCUUUCCUCAAACUGGAUCUGUUUGAACUCUCCGACCCACUCAGGUUCCUCAAGAUGCUGUUAAUGACACUAAACCAUCAAAUAUGGGUGGGUGAUAAUGAGAUGCAAUAUCAGCGGAUGUAAAAAAAACUUUCCCUGCUUCUUUUUAAAAACAACCCUUUAAAAUCUCUGGGUGUAUUUUCAUUUUAGCUUGAAGGUGAUAUUGGAAUUUAAUUUUCAAGAAAAAAGCCAAAAACUGUUUCUCAAUGGCUUCACCGUGGGCUGACUCUGUUGACAUGCUGUGAUAAAGGAUUGCCCCUUUUCUACGACCUGAAAUAUUUUAUUACCGAAACAGGAAGGCACGAGUGUCGCUCUUCUGCUUUAACGUCACCACCUCCUUUAGGCGUCUGCAGCUUAUAGUCGUCAUCUCAGUAACGUUAGGUUCGGAAAGUUAAAAUCAAUCUUGUUUAUUCUAGUUUCAUGUUUGUAGUGAUGGAAGACACACACUCCUGUUUCCCUCCUCCACAGCUUUGCAGGUUAAGCUGUGACUUUAGUCUUAAUCUUUAGUUUGCUUAUGUAAAAGGGGCCCGGUUUCUUUUUCCUUUUUUUUUUGUUUUUUUAAUAUAUAUAUAUAUAUAUAUAUAAAAAUCUUGUUCAUGCUAUGUAUAAUUUUAAGCUAUUUAUAGCAUCCACAAACAAACGCCCCUCGUUGUUGAACAAAACAAUAAUUAUUAAUGGUAAUAUUGUACAACAGUUUUCUUUUCUUUUUUUUUUUUAGAUGUUAAAUAUUUUUAUAAUUUAUUUUUUAACACGCUGGCCACUGUUUCAGACAAUAGUGAAGGUGAGAGAGGGUACUGUGUUUUAUUUGUGUAUCUGUUUUGAUUGUGUAUAAAACUUGAUUUGUAUUAUUUCCUCUGGCUUCACGUCUCCUCCUCCUCCUCCGUACGUGGGCGCUUUCUGCAGGUGGCUGGAGGUGCGUGAAGCGUUUAAGGUUUUCUUUGGGUUGUAAUAAUAACUUGUACAUUUAAAAGUGUAAAUUAUGUUUUCAUUAUUUUAUAAAAAAUAUAUUAAAAACUAAACCAUCA